AUGGGUAAAACUGCACCUCUGAAGAAUAAGGCUUCGACCUCAGUACGUUCUCGCGCAGCAAAACGUGCAUCAUCUCCAAGUAUCGACACCGAUAAGUCCCUCAAAAAUGUCAAGGCUCCAGCAGAAACAGUAUACAACCCACAAAUUCUAUCUCCACACCAAGGUGCCGGUGUGUCUAAGAAGAAGAGUGGAAGGCAAUUGAGUUCAAAGGCAAAGAAGCGACAAAACAAGGGAAUGGACCGAGCAGAAGCGGUAAUGGAUAGAACGUCCACGAAAAUCGAGAAGAGCAAAUACAGAGGAAGGAAUGUUCAAGAAAGAGCAAAGACCUGGGAAGCUUUAAACAAAAAGGCACAGGAAGCUGUUCAAGCAGCAAUGGACAAGGAGAACGAGGUCUCUGAGGGGGAGGAGGAUGUCGACGUCGAGGAUGAUCAAUCGCAAGGAGAGAUUGAGAUGGAUGGCACUUCAAUCGCUCCAAUUGCUCCUGCUGCGCUCCAAUCAGCUCCAUUACCUACACCAGUGGAGGAUGAAGAAGAGAUUCUAUAAAUUUGAGAGGGGAAUCUUAUAUUUGCAUGGCGAACUGGCGUACCAAAGGAAGGGAAAAGGAUUUUGCACGCUCAAAAUUAUGACUUUGAUAGCAAUAAAUUAUGAAGGGUUGAUUUGAUAGAAAUAUGGGAUGAUCGAUCGGACUCCAACCAAGUACUGAGCGUAGAAAUUUUGUAGGAUGGUAAAACCAUAGCUGUAGAGCUCUGAAUAGUGGAAAGGAAGCAAUUCACAGAUACAGUUUUGCGGUCUAUGGAACUUUACAGUAGAAGCAUACAAUCUAUGCGCUCAAAAUUUGACUGCAAUGUCAAAUGUAAAGCGCAGGUUUCCUCAGGAAGAAUAUCAGCCCCUUGUAUUUG